AUGCCAGAAAAUAUUCAGAUUUUCUUUGAGGUUCGUCCAUUCAUGAACCCAACUAGCCAACUGUUUGGACUAAGCAACAAAUUUGAAGCAGAAUUUCCAUCAUCUUUAACUGGAAAGGUUGCACCUGAAGAAUUUAAAGCCAGCAUCAGUAGAGUUAACAGUUGUCUUAAGAAGAACCUUCCAGUUAAUGUACGAUGGCUACUAUGUGGAUGCCUUUGCUGCUGCUGCACUUUAGGCUGUAGUAUGUGGCCAGUUAUCUGCCUCAGUAAAAGAACACGAAGAUCGAUUGAGAAGUUAUUAGAAUGGGAAAACAAUAGGUUAUACCACAAGCUGUGCUUGCAUUGGAGACUAAGCAAAAGGAAAUGUGAAACGAAUAACAUGAUGGAAUAUGUCAUCCUUAUAGAAUUUUUACCAAAGACACCGAUUUUUCGACCAGAUUAG